CGUGGAAGAGACGGUGCUCAUAGCAAGUAUGGUUGUGACUCCCUGACAUCAUUAACCCAUGAUGGACCGUCAUCAACUGAACCCUAGUGAGGGUGUUGCCCAAGACGGGGAGGGAAGUGGAGGAACACCCGAUGCCACGCCCACCACCACCGGGGGAAAUGGAACGAAAAGUCGAACAAAACACCCCCCCGGGGGUGAAGUUUCAAGACAGUACCCGAGAUGUCUGCGCAGGGUGUGUGGUGCUGGAGGGUUCCUGGUGGUCCACUGUCUCCAGCAGGUGGUGGACGGAGCGGCCACCACUUACAUCACCACCUGCACCACCCACCUACGGCGCCACCUGCAGUUCUCACACCCUCACCUAGCUGCUAUAUUACUACUAAGGCACCUAGGACCAGUGUUGAUGGGCGUGAUCUUGAGUCAGGUGGGUGGGCGGGGUCACCGCGCUAGGUGGGUGGCAGCCGCCCAGCUCCUUACCGCCCUAGCCACCCUCGCUACCCUCACCACCGCCCUCAUACCCCCACCUACCCCACCCUUAGAUUCACGGGAGGAGGAUGGGCAGGAUGGGGAACUCUACUGUGAUGUGAAGUUGUUAGCUGCCCUGGCUAAUGAACCCACGGUGUCGGAGGCAUCAUGGGUCACCUCCUGGAGGAACGGUAGUAACACCUCCCUGGCUUCAUACUCGCGACCAUCACCCUCCCUCACCCACCAACACUCCUGCAUACACUCUCACACACUUACUGUCCUUGUUUGGGUCUUCGCCUCUGUUCUCAGUGCGAUCAUGUACGAUAACGAGGACCAGAUUCUUGGAACAGUUGGUAUGUUCAUGUGCCAUUUGGCCGAAGUUUUUGAUCACAUUCCCAGCAUCCAGGAAUGUCUCUCAUAA